CCUACUACAGGUAUAUUUAUAGACCAAGUCAAAGCAGCUGUGACUGCAAAUCGCACCCGCUAACAAGUACCCCUCAGACAGCACAGCACCUUCGCCAUCCCUCGAUCAGCGACAGCAAUGCCUGUAACAUGCAUCCAGGACAGCAAGAGCACUUGGGCAUGCAAGCACCAGACUUGUUCUCCUUAAAGACAACCUACAGUGGCUGCAAGCAAACGCCUCAUCAGGAUUUUGUUAUAUUUAUGGCUGCAGCGAUUGUUGAUUUUUUAAGCUGGUCUCUUUGCCUCUCGGUCUGGCUGCUCAGGCUGAGCGCACGGAUCAGACGCGCCCGGCGCGUUGCCCAGUCCCGCCCCCCGGACAUGGCGGCGCGGCUGCCCCUGAGGGUGCUCGGAACCCGCGGCCUCCGCCUCGUCCUGCUCCGCUCCGGCGGCUGCGCCCGCGCUGCCCACAGGGGCACAGACAAAGGGUCUCUGACUAAACAAGCUGAAGCAAGUGCUGCUACAGACUGGAAAAAAAAAUUGACUCCGGAGCAAUUCUAUGUUACAAGAGAAAAGGGAACUGAACCGCCAUUUAGUGGGAUCUAUCUGAAUAACACAGAAUCAGGAAUAUACUACUGCGUGUGCUGCAAUGCCCCACUCUUCAGCUCAGAAAAGAAGUACAAUUCUGGGACUGGAUGGCCAUCGUUUUCUGAGGCUUAUGGUACUUGUGGCAGAGAUGAAAGUAAUACCAAUAUCACGAGACGACCAGAUAACUCAUUGGGAUUAGCUAGAACUGAAGUUGUCUGCAAACAGUGUGACGCCCAUCUAGGCCAUGUGUUUGAUGAUGGUCCCACACCUUCUGGGCAGAGGUUCUGUAUCAACAGUGUUUCAUUAAACUUCAAACCAGGCUCUGGUCAGUGAGAAGUGGAUCUCUGUGGCUUACAGAAUGUCCUUUCUCUGCUUGUACAGCAUGCUUGUGAAAAACUCUCAUGCUUUUAAUAUAUAACCCAAAUUUUAGUACUUAUGCCAUAGUAGCUUUGUUUUCCAGCUAUUUGUUAAUAAAAUACAUAUUUUUGUCAUAACUCUUUUGAGUUCUGUCUUUCCAUGGUUAGUGUGAUGUUUUGAUCUGCUUAUUGUAUUUUUUAAUUAAAAAAAAUCUGUGCAAUAUUUCACUUUAAUAACUUUCAUCAUUAACUGUAUUGAGGCUGCUGAAAUGACAUGCUCUCCUUAAACUGACUGUCUAUUCUGACCAGUAAUUGUGGCACCCAGGAACACAGAUAUACAUGGCUGAUCAUGCCACAGCUUAUACUUCUGUAAAAUCAUCAUAUCUUUCAAAAGAGAAGCAAAAAUAAUGUGAAUCUUCAAAUAAGGUUUGGGGUUUUUUUCCCCUCUACUGUGAGAGACCUUUAGCCAAGCCAAGUGACUUUUCCAUGAACCCACAAAAGCAAAGUCCUGAAGGAGGGCCUAAUUAAAACUAUUCAGGCAAUGGAGGCGGUGGAGACACUGAGUCUUUUUUCUUUAAAAUCAAUUAUUUUGAUUCUGUGUCCAAUAGCAGAGCUGAAAUAGGAUUUGCUCCAGGAACUUUCUCUUGCAGCAAUAAUAUGAUAAUAAUGUAAUGAUAUGUGUAAUAUUUCCAGACUUCUGUUAUCAUUUAUAUAUUUCAGAAUCCAAAAAUAAAAAUGAAGGUGAACUUUACUGUAUUUGGGGAAAAUAAGUCAGCAUCAAAAAACAGGUUUAGUAAAAUUAUGCUUUUGCUGAAAACAUGCCUUGUCUGUUCUUCCUUGUACAAGUUUGUAAAUACUUCUGUAUUCGCCCAAGCAUUGUCAUUAUGGUUUGCUCUAACAGAAAAAUAAAUCCUAUUUUUGUUAAAUUGA